AUGUCAUCCCAGAAAGGUAAUGUGAAAAAAUCACGACAGCAAAGACACCAAAAUUCUUCAUCAUUUAAAAACACUAAAUAUGAGGCAUCUGGCAAGAUAAAAGAGUUGAAUAAUAUGCAAAUACUUGGAGUUUGUCAACAUUGUAAAGAAAAGAUAGAAUGGAAAAUUAAAUACAAGAAAUAUAAAGCAUUAACAGCACCAAGAAGGUGCAAUAAAUGUGGAGAGAAGAGUGUAAAAAGAGCAUAUUAUAUUUUAUGUAUGCCAUGUUCCACCCAAGAUAAAGUUUGUGCAAUGUGUAAUAAACACGAACCAAUAGUGCAUCAGUAA